AGUGCGACCACAUUCUCGUCUAUUCUACUAUUCGUUCUAACUUUUCGAAAUCCUUGCUUCCAUCAUGUUCUCCAGGAUCACCACCGCGCUUCUGCUUUGCCUUGUUGGAUGCGUUCUGGUUACAGCAGAACCAGUUUUACGAGAGAAGCGUCAAGAUGUUGGUAGCGUAUUUGAUGAUGUCACGUCCGAUGCUGCAUCUAUAUUCUCUGUAGCAACUCAGGGUGCUGCCUCCGUAUUUACCGACGUAACGUCAGGAGCGCCAUCCGUAUUUUCCGUAGCGACUCAGGGUGCUGCCUCUGUAUUUAGCGACGUAACGUCGGGAGCUCCAUCCGUAUUCAGCGAGAUAACCUCCGGCGCCGGAUCUAUCGCAACUAGAGUCACUUCAAUUGGCGGCCAAGCUGCCACAGUUAUCACCUCUCUGGGUGGCGAAGCCAUCACCCUCGCAACUGAUGGCUUCGGCCAGGCCACCUCCUUUGCUGGUUCUGUCUACACCGUCGCUACAUCCGCCGCAGAGUCAGCAGCAACGAGUGGCAUCAACAACAACUCGGCUGCUCCUCCAGCCCUCAUUUCGUCUGGCGCUUUGGUGAGCCUUGCUGCCGUCAUCACUGGCAUCUUCGCCGGAGCAUGGAUUGUCUUGUAAUCGAACUCCUGUACAAACAAAACCUCUCCUUCAAUACCCUUGUUGUAAGGCUACGGACUUUAUCUUUAUUCGUAGCUUUAUCAUUAUUCAAUCUUCGUUGUAAUCAUUUACUUAUCGAUCCUAAUGGACUCAUGAUCCCUAGCACUGUCCAAAUGCACAUUUACUUGUCCAGGUGUCUCACACAUGCUGCAUGAUCUUGCAACGAUACUGAGAAGGAACAUGA